ACAUGCUGAUUUCCUUUAUCGGAAUUACAUCUUGAACGGACUUGACAACACAUUAUACAACGUCUACAGUCCUAUCAAAACGACAAAGGAACUUUGGGAGUCUUUGGAGAAAAAGUACAAAACAGAGGAUGCUGGUUCGAAGAAAUUUGUAGUAGGUAAAUUUUUGGACUUUGUGAUGGUUGUUCUAAGACUGUGAUCAGCCAAGUUUAAGAUCUCCAACUCAUUCUGCAUGACAUUCAUAUAGAAGGCAUGUCUCUCCAUGAAUCCUAAGUUGCUGCCUUAAUUGAAAAAUUGCUACAAGGCUGAAAGGAAUUCAAGAACUACCCCAAACACAAGCGCAAAGAAAUGAUUUUGGAAGAAUUGAUGGUGCGUUUGAGGAUUGAGGAGGACAACCACAAUUCUGAGAAGCGGGCUGGUAAGCAUCCAAUGAAAUCUGAGGCAAAUGUGGUGGAACAUGCUCCAAAAGCAAAGAAACGAAAGUUUUCUGGAGAAAGUUCCGCACAAGGCGCUAAAGGAGGGAAAACUAAAAAGUACAAGUUCAAUGACAAAUGUUACAUCUGUGGCAAAGAGGGACAUCAGGCUAAAGAUUGCCGUAGCAAACGCAAACGCAAA